AUGGCUCCAAAGCGGGAAUUGGCUUUUCAUUCCUCUCUCUCAAUUGACUUUUCAGCCCUCCAAAGCGCCAUGAAGUGUUUCCUAGGCAUCGCCGCCACCAACCCCAAUAUCAGGGAUCCUUGGAAUCUGAGUCAUUGUCGCAGGAAUGUUCCUCUGAAGAUUUUGACAACUAUUUGCGGUCACAUCGAAAUCCAUCCAUGUUUCCGCUUUGAGGACACUCGCCCGUGCACACACGCAAUCGUGACACCAACUGUUGGCGCCGAUGUCUCCCGCAACGCCUCGUGGCAUCGUGCGACGGAGGCCCAAAAGAAACACCCCAUUCUUUGCCACACGCCUCACCAUGACGAUGGAUGGCCUGGAAUGAAAGGCGAAACCGCCCGGAAGCGCACCGAGCUCUUCGGUAGGAAAGCCGGGGACUUUGUUGCCUUCUGUCUAGGCGGCGGCCUGUUUGAUCUGAACUGCUCAAAGGCCAUCCAUUCAUCCUUGAAGACGACUUGUCAUUGA